UUUUAAAUGUAAAAUAUAAUUUAUGCCCCACCCCCGGGUAACGUGUUUUGUGUAGUGUUCUGUGAAGUGUUCUUUCAAAGACUUGAAAGACUUCACUUCAAAUAGCCUAAAAACCGGAUUGUUCGCGAAUAACCCAUCGAUAGAACGCACUGCCAGUCGGCUCUCUCUGGUUACACUAUGGCCGCCUCGACUCGCCGAGGAGGACAACUUCUACAUUCCGACCAGGAAACUGUACCAAGGCGACGGCAAUAAGUUGCAUUAAACGCGACCUGGAGCCAGGGAGACGAUGACAGCGCAGUCUGUGGCCUGUGCUGAGGAUUUUUCCUGGAUCUGAAUGAAGAAUUGAUGUGAUGCAUGAGGAGCCAAGAAGAAACUCCCCUGCUUUAUUUUUCCGCGUCUGUUUCUGCGCGGACUGUCACUUAGCCGGCUAGCUGCGAGCUAAGGCAGUUUACCCAGCCUCCUUCGGGCUAACGCGCCGUAGUAGCGAAAAGACGGGGCUAGCUCCUUACUUCUUUUUGCUCUGGAAGACAAAGAUGGUAUUUCGCUCCCACAUGGUAAGCGAACUGGUAGAGAAGGGUGCGGAGAGAACGUUCAAAGGCCCCGGUGAUAAGUUUGCGAGCAGUCAUUAGCCUAGCCUAGCGUAGCCUAGCUUAGUUUAGCUUGCUUGGUUCAGCGCCAGAGAGCGAACUAGCCAAUUAGCAUUGUAGUUGCACAAGGAGGGCUGCUAAUCCACAAAUCAGCCCGACUGAGUGUUUUCACGCCCUGCAUUAGCAAGGGUUAGUCAUCGGAACCAAGGGGGGUUUAACCCCUCUACUUAGCAAACCUUAAUUGGUUGUGAAGGGUCGUUCUGUAACUCGUGCUUUGGUUCCUUGCUAUGAGCGAUAUGUUAUUUUUUUUUUUAUUACAGAGGUAGUGCUAACAUUUAAUUGCAAAUCUUCGCUGCUGUCAGAUCGUGUAGGAUAGGAAAUAGUUAGCAACACCAGCGUGUGUGUUUGUGUGCAUUCACUGGGGUGGUGUCUCCUGUUAGCUUUGCUGCAAACACUGCAAGGAUGGACGCAAUAUUUCACUGAAGGUGGACAUUCUAUUGACUUUCCUGGACUGGUGGCCAGUUUGAACAGCAGACAGAUUUAGUGGUGAGAGCCACACUAAGGGCUAAAAGAUCACAUUAGUAGUCGCUUCCCCCCCCCUCCACACCUCCCCUGCAGUAGUACUGGAAUAGUUUGAUGGACGUGGGGGGCUGUUUGCCAGACUGUCCCUUCUAUAGUCAGUCAUGUAUGUCUUGACACAUGGCCCCCUCGCCUGUACAUAGUGCCUGCUGUUGGAACCAAGUGUGGUUCUGUUGGUGGACGUCUCUUUUACAAACACAAGACAAUGUUUAUUAGUUAGUGCCUAUCCAAAGACUACAUUGGAGAAUAACCACACUGCCUACACACAGGCAGGCCACAAAUACUGUUGAUUAUUCAUUGGGGAUUGAACGUGACGCCUGCCACUCUGGAUCAAGAAAACCUUUCCCACGUGUCCGGUUGGAGUAACACUCUCAAGCCAAAAUCAAUGCCUUCAGCGCUGGCCGUGUUUGCCUGCCGACCCAACUCGCACCCAUUCCAGGAGAGGCAUGUGUACCUGGAUGAGCCCGUCAAGAUCGGCAGGUCGGUGGCUCGGUGUCGCCCGGCCCAGAACAAUGCCACCUUUGACUGCAAGGUGCUGUCCAGGAAUCACGCACUGGUUUGGUUCGACCACAAAACCAGCAAGUUCUACCUGCAGGACACAAAAAGCAGCAAUGGCACAUUCAUCAACAGCCAGAGGUUGAGUCGCGGCUCAGAGGAGAGUCCACCGUGCGAGGUCCUCUCUGGAGACAUCAUUCAGUUUGGCGUCGAUGUCACUGAGAACACACGCAAAGUCACACAUGGCUGCAUCGUGUCAACAGUCAAACUGUUCCUGCCCGACGGGAUGGAGGCACGCCGACGAAGCGAUGUCAUCCAGGCUCCGCUGCCGCUGCCUGUAGACAAGGUUGCAGCCAACACUCCCAGUAUGUAUUCUCAGGAACUGUUCCAGCUUUCCCAGUAUCUACAGGAGGCCUUACACAGAGAGCAAAUGUUGGAGCAGAAGCUGGCCACUCUGCAGCGUCUGCUAGCUACUACUCAGGAGGCCUCGGAGAACAGCUGGCAGGCUCUGAUUGAUGAAGACCGUCUGCUGUCCAGAUUGGAGGUGAUGGGCAGUCAGCUGCAGGCUUACUCAAAAUCCCAGACGGAGGACGGCAUACGAAAAGAGCUUCUUGCUCUCCAGGAUGACAAACACAACUAUGAAACCACAGCCAAGGAGUCUCUCAGGAGAGUCCUGCAGGAGAAGAUUGAGGUGGUCAGGAAGCUGUCGGAGGUGGAGCGCUCGCUUAGCAACACGGAAGACGAGUGCACCCAUCUGAAAGAAAUGUCUGAGAGGAGCCAGGAGGAGCUGAGGGAGCUGGCCAACAAGUACAACGCUGCCGUCAAUGAAAUCAAAGAGCUCACAGACAAAAUAAAGGCAGCGGAGGGCCGCCAAGAGGAGCUGACCCAGCGAGGGGCGUCGGAGAAGCGAGAGUUGGAACUGCGUAUUGAGGAGAUGGAGGAGAAGGAGCAGGUUCUCCAGGCUCGCAUCGAGGCUCUACAGGCCGACAACGACUUCACCAACGAGAGGCUCACAGCCCUGCAGGUGCGCUUAGAACAGCUACAAGAGAAAAGCAGUAAGGAAAACAACAGUCUGGAUGAGGACUUAGCCUCCUGUGGAGCAGUAGAGGAGCCUACAGAGGACGAUCGGAGCCUGCAGACACCCGAGAGCCACGAGGAAGAAGAAGAGGAGGAGGAUGAGGAGGAGGAUACAGACACAGACGAUGGUGCAGUCGGUGAAAUUGCAGAUGACAACUGUCACGUUAACAGCGGAGGAGACGCCACUCGCAUCCAACAGUUGAUUGAGUGUCCGCCAGUGAAACAGCUGAAGGAAGCAGUCAGUUCAUCAAUUCACAAACUGGCCAACUUUGAUGACACCCACCUACAGAACAACCAGACGGCAGAAGAUAACAUUCUGACCAGCCCAGAUCGACUCAAAGGAAACCAGAUGGAUGCCAAAGAGUCUGACAUGUCGGACACACUGAGUCCAAGCAAAGACCGCAGUAGUGACGAUACAUCAGAUGGCAACAUGGAUGAUCAGGAGCUCAAUGAACCGCUCAACAGAGUAGCUCUACUCAAAGCUGAGUUGCAUCGGGCCGGCUUAGAACCCAGUGACACAGAGCAGGUCAUCCACCACCUACACAGGGAGCUUCUGGAGGCCCAGGAACUAGCCAAUACUGGCAAACAGAAAUGUCUGGAACUUCAAGCUCUGCUGGAGGAGGAGAGGAGGAAUAACUCUCAGCAGACUGAUGAGUCGACCAAACAGAUCCAGUACCUUCAGACUCAGCUUGGGAAGCUGCAGGCCGACAUGGAAGCUCUGAGGGAGCAGAGGGAGAACACCAUCUGUAGCACCCGAGAGGAGCUGUACUCUGCCCAGGAGGAGAUUCUUGUCUUGCGGCACACUAUGGAAGCGGCCACAGCCGAGCGAGAGCGGGACAUUGCUGCUUUGCAGGAGGACCUGGGCGGCGUGCGGUCCGAGCUGGAGCACUGGAGGAGCACGGCUGCCAAGUAUGAGGAGGAAAUCCGUCGGCUGCAGGACGCCUUCACGCAGCAUCAGCAGCACAACACCAGUCAGCUGCAUGUGGAGUGUGUCGCGCUGCAUGAGAGAUGUGCAUCUCUGCAGCAGGACUGUGAUGGCCUCAGAGCUGAAAGGAAAACUCUCAUGGAAAAACUGCUCCACCUGGAGGCCGAACUUUGCAGUACUCGGGCACAGAGUCUGGCACUCAGCAGCAGAUUGGACUCUCUGGGGAAGAGGGAAGAGGUUCUGCAGGACAAACUGGGUUCUCUGGAGAACCAGCACCUGCAGGAUGCAAGCAAGCUUAAGAGCCAGCUGGACCAGGCCCAGGACCGCACACACACACUGCAGAGAGAGUAUGAAGACACACAGUCGCAGCUGUCAGAUCUUCGUCAGCGAUAUGAGAGAACAGAGCAGGAGAAGACAAACAUCCACCUGGAACUGGAGCAGUGUAGGAACAGCCUGAAAAUGCUGCAGGAUAAGAACAGCUCUCCAUCCAUACUGCAGCCUGUCCAAGCCAUAUUCAUGGGUCUUGUCCUGGCUCUGCUCUACUGGUGUUUCGGCCAGUUGUGGUAGAAAGGGCGGAUGGAGCCCCUGGAUGCCGGUCAUCGCAGUGAUGGUCGCCGUGACGGCAGCCAUCAUCUACCCCAACCUCUCCAAGAGCAGCUCGGCCUAGCACACAACCACACACACACACACACACACGCAGUGGUGACCAGAGCGCCACGGCUGUACUUGUAUAAAGUCUAAUUGUACAUAAUUGUAGAAGGAAUAUAAAGGUUGUGGUUUCUUACAGAGAUUUCUUUGGUUUGUUUUGUUGAGGGGCAGUUAAGUUUAGUUGUUUUGGUUUUAAUUUCCUCUCUCUCAGCUGCGGUGGGAUUUUUUUUUUUUGUUGCUAUUGUUUGUUUUGUUCUGAGCAUCACAUUGGUGAUUCGCUCACCAAAGCGUUCACUUGGUGGUUUUCUGUUUGGGGGUCAUUCAGCCUCUUAACAUCUUCAUUGGUUUUUCGUUGUCUAACAAAUAUACGUUAACGCCCAGACCUUUCCUCGCUAACUCACAGCCUCUGUUGUCUAAAAACACGGCGUCUCUCUGGUGUUUUUCUUUUUCUGUCGGAGGGAACGGGGGACGCUUUGAAACUUGAAGCCAAAUGAUUUGGGGGCAAAUGUUUUUCUUUGUGAGGUCACACAAAAAGGGGGGCCGAAGUGCCUCUGUUGUAACUUAACACAUUUGUGUGUAUAUGUGCGAACGUAUCACCACACGACCACACUUGAUUGAGUCCUGUGUGUGUUAGAUGUAUACAGUCGCUAUUUGUGUCCAGUGAGCGCACGUGUGAGGAUUGUGACACUUCACCAACAAACAUUCAGUCGUUCAUCACAUCUUCAUGUCAACUUUUUGGUCAACUUGCCUCCAAAUCCAAACGCCAAAUGUCACCUCAACAAAGGACCUUUUAGCCGUAGCACAUAACACUUUCCAUGAUGAUGCAAAAGUUUUGUUUCUUUUUUUUUUUAAUGAGACAUGUAAAGUUUGUGUGUGUGUGUGUGGGUGCACGAGCGCAACAUUUGUCACCAUCUGUGUAAUGUCUUGUCUGUGUUUUAAAAAAAGAAAUAAACGAACAAUUAUCGCAGAUGUUUAAAGAGAAACACUA